UUUUUUAACAUUGAAAUACCUACGGUAGAUUUUGUGUGGGCAAUUGAACUAAAUCGAUUUGGUUUGGAACUGAUUGGUUUAUGGCCAAAACCCAAUAAGGCAGUUAAGAAUACCUUCGCGUCUGAUCUUCGUGUGGGCAUAAUUUUCUUUAUAGUAACUUUCUUAGCCAUUAUUCCUCUUUUAUGCUCUUUUGUACGAGUUUGGGGUAACAUGAUACUUGUGGUGGAUAAUCUUCAAGUUACUUUACCUUUAAUAGUGGUUUCGCUGAAACUUGUCAUCAUACGAUGGAAACGUACAGGUAUUUUUGAAAUUAAUAUACAUUCAGUCUUAUGCUUUCUGCUUUUUCACCGAAUUAUUUAUUGCAUUUAAUCUCUAAACAGCAUUUUGGUAUUUAGCAUCAGAAUUGAUGGCAAAUUAAUGAAUAAUGAAAUGUAUGAAUGCGAUCUUUUGGUUUAUUAAGGAAUAAAUAAUUUUAGUGCUUGCUAAAAUAAAAUCAUACUUUUUCGCAUAAUUGCAAAUGUUCUUAUAUACGAGUUUGUAAUAUUUUCAAGCUGUUACACUCCUUAUAAAGAUGAUGGCGGAAGAUUGGGCGGACUUAAAGAUAGACGCAGAAAGGGAUGUGAUGAUAAGACGAGCACGAACUUCGCGAUUGAUUGUAAUCUGUGCAUAUGUUUUGAUGAUAUUCGUAUUUGUCGUACUCAUCGUUCUUCCUUCUUUUGGCAUACACUUCAGAUAUGUAACAAAUCUAACGGAUCAGGGAAGACUGUUACCAUAUCAGUCGUAUUACUUCUUCGACACGGAUAAGAGUCCGCAAUUUGAACUCGCGCUUGUGAUUCAAGCUACGACGAUGUUUGUAGGUGGAACAACAUAUUCCUCGGUGGACGCCUUUCUCGGACUCGCGAUUCUUCACAUCUGUGGCCAACUGGAAAAUUUCAAACAUCGCUUAGACAAUUUGAUAUCGUGCAAGGAUUUCGAUAGCGCUCUACGUAACAACGUAGAAACUCAUCUACGAAUAAUAAGAUUUGCUAAUAAUAUUGAAGACAUAUUUACUUUAAUGAUGUUGGGCCUAGUAUUUUAUUUUGGUAUUGUAUUUUGUCUAUUUGGAUUUCUAUCGGUUACUGUGAUUAGUGAAAAGGAGAUGGGCCAUAUGUCUUUUUCACGAGUAUGCUUUCUGAUAAUUGGCAUUUUUACCUUGUUGGCGCAUACGUUACUUUAUUGCGGUGCAGGGGAAGUUAUAGCUGAGCAAAUAUUGAUAUGUAUUUAUACGUGUCAAGUGCGAAGCAGUAUACCGUGCUAUGUGCAAUCUUGAGUGGUACAAAUUGAACUCGAAAAAACAGAAAAGUCUUAUUCUAUUAUUGA